AGACUACGUCACUUCCUGCCAAGGUGCUUCCGCUUCGCUUGAGGUGUUUGUGCUGUGUUUAAAAAUGUCCCGGGUUCUAAUCGUCGGUGCUGGUCUGACGGGCAGCCUGUGUGCGUGUCUGUUGAGGAGGGAGAUGAACAACAAAGUCCACAUCGCGGUUUGGGACAAAUCCCGUGGUUCCGGUGGAAGGAUGUGCACUUCUCGUCCUCCCGAUUCGCUGUCUCACUCGGCGGACAUAGGAGCGCAGUACAUCACAGCCACACAUGAAUAUGCUCAGUCUCACAAGAGUUUGUACUCAGAGUUGUUGUCGUCUGGUGUCCUGCGUCCUCUGGACUGCCAGAUGGAAGGUUUGCGACACCAAGACGGGAGUCAGAACUACGUGGCGCCGCUAGGAAUGAGCAGUGUGGUCAAACACUUCCUGCGCGAGUCAGAAGCUGAUUUGUUCUUGGAGCAUCAUGUGACUGGGCUCUACCGCCGCGGUGCAUCAUGGGAGGUUCACAGGAAGCAGGGUGACAGCGAAUGCUUUGACUCUGUGGUCCUGACCAUGCCGGUUCCACAGAUUCUGCAGCUUCAGGGAGACCUAAAAGACAUGUUGUCUGCCAAGCAGAAGGAGCAGCUAGACAGGGUGGCGUAUUCAUCUCGUUUCGCCUUGGCGCUCUUCUUCCCCCCUGGUGUGGACAUCGACGUUCCUUGGGGGGCACGCUACUACAACAACCACAAUGAUGGCAACAACAGCAAGUCAAGCAGCAUCUGCUACGUGACCGUGGAACAUCGUAAACGCGGUACAGAUGGGGGCACGGCCUGCGGUCCGUCUAUGGUGGUGCAUACCAGCGCGCCGUUCGGCCUGCAGCACAUGGAGCAGGACAAGGAGGAUGUUCAGCCAAUCGUCUUGCAGGAGCUCAACAAGCUCCUCCCCGGUUUGCCUCAGCCGGUCGGUAUUAAGUGCCACAAGUGGAGGUACUCGCAGGUGCUGACUUCUGUGCCAAACUGCCCGGGUCACAUGACCGUACUGGAGCGCCCACUACUCGUGUGCGCGGGCGACGCUUUCAGCCAUUCCAACUUUGACGGCUGCGUGGAGUCCGCGCUGAGCGUGCUCGCCGUCUUUAAAGCCAGCAUGGAAGUUAAUGUGUAACUUCCUGUCUAUGUUUAACCCGCCUCCAAAAGCAAAAGGACACUUGGUUGGUUGUUAUAAAUACUUUAUUCACUUGACAGUGUUUGAUGUCUUUAGAAAGGAGACGCUCCACUCUUAACGUUUUUUCCCGGAGACAAAAUGGGCCGAACCUGAGCUCAUCUUUGACCAGGAAACGAUGACCCAAGUGUGUCCAUGUCUUCUUCCUGUUAGCUUGCCGCUCAGAAAAAGCCCAGCAAGUUGUUGAUUGACAGGUCAUUACUAUGGUUAUCUCCAGGAAUGGACGCCGACUCCACCCGUGUGACAUGUCGGAGCCAUCAAAUCAAACACACCAGGCGUAUUCCCAAGUGGCUGUACUGGAGGGACAGACAGGAAGUGGGAUGAACAUUUGUGUUCUCCGGACUGGUACUAGGAUUCCAGUUGGGAGUUCUGCCUCUGCUGGAUCAGCACAGACCAGCACCAGAACCAGGACCGAAACAUGGACCAUGAAAGCAAAGUCUGCAGAAUCAAGGAGGGAAGGACGAGGAAUUGCGGGAGUCUUCCUGCCCUUCAUUUUAACUUUUCCUCCUGGUGUCUUUGCAGCCUUCUUGGCCCCGCCCACUUCCCCCAGACGGAUCACGUGAUUGUCCAGCUGUGCGUUGAGUAGAAGAUUACAGGGGGGGGUGGGGCUUCAUCACACAUUGGUGAUCUGAUCGCGGUCCUCGUCAAACAGCUCGUUCUCGGGGUCUGAGUCCGUGGUGUCCGAGUAGCGGUAGUGAUCCGGUUCGUUAUCGCUGACGUCCGGCGUCACCGAGGUGGACGUGCUGCUCGCCUCACCGUUGGCACCUUCCUCCACCGUCUUGGUGAAGAAGAGUUUGACCUGCGGGUGGAGUCCAUCAGUUGAGCGUGGUCACAUGACACACAACCACGCGGUGAAGUUCUUACCUUGAAGUUGGGCGAGAAGUUCCUGUUGGCUUUGUCCUUGUUGGCCUUGUCCAGGUCGUUCUUCAGCAAGGUCAGAACCAGGAAGUCGCCGUCUUCACCUUCACCUGCCAGCAGAGCGCUACCCAGGUGCUGCUGCGUUCUGUCUGCGGCAUCCCGCAUCGUUCCCGUGCUGCCGUUUUCCAGCUUCUCCGGAUUGUCCGCCGGCCCGGGUAUGAAGAAGGUGUUGACCCAGAAGUGGAACAUCUUUUCCUGAGGGUGAAGAAAGAUUAGCGUCCAUAUGACAUCACAACAAUACGACAUCUCCUCACCUUCUUCAUCAUCUGCUUGUGGAAGAACUCCACUUUGAUGUCGCCGCACACAGGAAGAGGCUGCGGGAACUCGAACAUCAUCACCUUGUCUUCCCGCCGUGUGUAGGUGGGGUUAGAGGUGUGGAUCUUCACCUUCAGCUGGUAGAUGACAAACUGAGGAUCUGCGGUGGGAAGAAGAACCAGCAGCAGCCUUGAGUAGGCGAAGGUGUCAAAUAUGUGGCAGGCGGGAUGGAUGUGGACUCACUGCAGUUCCCGCCAGCAAACAUGGGGAUGGUUUCAAAGAGCAUCUUGUGGAAGAGCAGAGCCACCGGCGUGUAGUGCAGUCUGCUCCUCAGCAGCGUGUUGUAGUACGUCACGUAACGUCGCUGGCUCGGGAUGGUCACGCCCUACGCACACGCACAACUUUAUUGAUAAGCAGCGGGUUGCCUUUUGACUCACAUGCUUCCGGGCUUGCUUUUCGCUACAAAAACCACCUUCUUGUCCCGGGUGCGAACUUCCCCGUAGAAGUCGAGCGCUUCCUGCGCCUCCUGAAACUUGCCCCGAUGCAGCAGAUAGGCACAGAUCAUGACCCCCGUGCGACCUUUUCCCGCUUUGCAGUGGAUGGCGGCGACGUGCUGCUCAUCUUCGCUCAGCCACUGGUCCAGGUCUUCGCAAAAGGGCUUAAUGAGCUCCAGCUGGGGGGGAUUGUGGUCCUCAAAGGGGUACUCGGCCACUAGCGGAGACAAGUCAAGUAAACCGGGGGAACUUUAUUUAGCAGGUAUAAUCAUGACACACAUUAGCGUUACUUUCUACUAUGUGUAUUUCUCGAAAACAAGCACACGGUGGUUAAUAAGAGGAUUAAAGGAGACAGACAUGGAGUCGUUCAUUGUAUUCAAUAAUGUACACACA